GUUUUAAAUGGCGCACUUAUCAAAUUUUGGUCCUCCGGAUUCUCCUGCAAAGCGGAGCAGGGUCUCCUCUCCUGGUCAAGGCCAUCCAGACCAUCCAAUCAUCCGACGGCGCCGACGAAGAUGGAGUACCGCAACAAACUUGUCCUCGCUCCCAUGGUUCGCGUCGGGACUUUGCCGUUUCGAUUACUAGCUGCUGAAUAUGGAGCUGAUAUAACCUACGGUGAAGAAAUUAUCGACCAUAAACUUGUCAAAUGCGAGCGCAGAUUCAAUGAGAAAUUAGGAUCCGUUGAUUUUGUGGAGAGAGGUACUGGAAGUGUUGUUUUCAGGACAUGCGAUGCGGAAAAGAAUCGAGUGGUGUUUCAGAUUGGUACUUCCAACGCCGUAAGGGCUCUCAAAGCUGCUGAGAUCGUGUGUAAGGAUGUCACAGCAGUGGAUAUAAACAUGGGUUGUCCAAAGUCAUUUUCUGUGAGUGGAGGAAUGGGUGCUGCACUGUUGACCAAACCAGAUCUUAUUCAUGAUAUUUUGACUACAUUAUUGCGAAACCUAAGUAUACCGGUAACUUGUAAGAUUCGACUAUUAAAAUCAUCUCAGGAUACUGUUGAAUUGGCUAGGAGAAUUGAAAAAACUGGAGUUACUGCUCUUGCUGUCCAUGGAAGAAAAGUUGAGGAUAGGCCGCGGGAUCCAGCUAAGUGGAGUGAAAUUGCUGAUGUUGUAGCAUCCUUAUCCAUUCCAGUUAUAGCAAAUGGCGAUGUUUUUGAGUAUGAAGAUUUUCAGCGUAUCAAAGUUGCUACAGGUACUUCAUCUGUGAUGGUUGCAAGAGGAGCACUUUGGAAUGCUUCAAUUUUCUGUCCAAAAGGUAAAUUACCAUGGGAAGACGUGAAGAGGGAAUAUGUUAGGAAGAGCAUCUUGUGGGAUAAUGACAUUAAAAGCACAAAGCACACACUGAGGGAAAUGAUAACGCAUCAUUCGUCCCUUGAACUUGCAGAAGGAAAGGCUGUGAUUAAAUCAGAAUCCUUGAUAGAUCUUGCGCGGCUUUAUGGAGCGGAGAAUUAUGAGGUUGUUCAGAACUGAUUCUUUGUUAUUGAAGAGUAGAUAAAUAUUGACGGUCCUUUCCUUUUUACGCCGGUGUUUGUCCUUGGCCUUCAGGACCACCGAGUGAGUUUUGAUUUUCAGUUAUACAUUUCAUACAUCCACUCUGUUAAGUAGACACCAAGAAUAUGUAUGACCACAUGUUGGGGCUGCUAUUACUAACUGACUGGUUGGAUGACGAAUUCAAUUGGAUUGUCUUUUCUUUUUGGUUGGAA